AUUUUAAGAUUUCUAUGUAUUUUGUCAAAAUUUGCACGAUUCGCCUCCAAUGAAACCUCUUUACCAAAGUUGCGAGUAUGGCAGCGCAGAUAUCUAAGAAGAGGAAGUUCGUCAACGACGGUCUCUUCAAAGCUGAGCUUAACGAAUUGCUCUGGCGUGAACUUGCCGAAGAUGGCUACAGUGGAGUAGAGGUUCGUGUCACACCCUCAAGAACCGAGAUCAUCAUUCUUGCCACUCGUACGCAGAAUGUGUUGGGUGAGAAGGGACGAAGGAUCCGUGAAUUGACCGCUAUGGUCCAGAAGCGAUUUAAGUUCAAAGAUGAUGGUGUUGAGUUGUAUGCUGAAAAGGUGGCAAACCGUGGUUUGUGUGCAACAGCUCAGUGCGAAUCUCUUCGAUACAAACUUCUUGGAGGACUGGCAGUGCGAAGAGCAUGCUAUGGUGUUCUCCGUUUCAUCAUGGAGUCUGGAGCAAAGGGUUGCGAGGUGGUUGUGUCUGGUAAACUGCGUGGUCAGCGUGCCAAGGCAAUGAAAUUUGUUGAUGGUUUGAUGAUUCACUCUGGUGACCCAGUCCGUGAAUAUGUUGACACUGCAGUGCGCCAUGUGCUGCUCAGACAAGGUGUCUUGGGUAUCAAGGUUAAAAUCAUGCUUCCUUGGGAUCCACAAGGUAAAAUCGGACCCAAGAAACCUCUGCCUGACAAUGUAAACAUUGUUGAACCUAAAGAUGAAGAAGCCAUCACUGGGCCAAGGAGUGAAUCCAAGGUUACCAAGCCGAUGCCAGAUCCCAUGCCUGCAGCUCCACAGCAAGCAGCUAUGCCUCCAAUGCAGCAGGUCCCACCCCAGCAAACCAUGCCACCUAUGUAAGGUUGCUGGGUUCUAUCAAUAAAAUGGCUAUUCAAAAAUUA